AUGGUUAACAACGGUCGUCCCCCGCCUCCUGGGAAACCCCAAAGACAUCAUAAUGAUGGAGACACCAGAACGAAUAACGGAUCGGGAGCACGAGACCCUUCUAGACCUAUUAUACCCCCUCCACCACCAAGUAAUAGAGCUCCUCCUCCACCACCUAGAACAGUAAAUGGCCAUCCUCCUCCUCCGCGAAGUACUGGAAGGCUUCCCCCACCACCUCCAGGUAGAUCCACCACUACAGGAGCACCACCUCCUCCAAAACGACAAGCUGGACCACCACCUCCUCCACGAAUUGCAUCAUCUCUUCAGAUAUCGGAGCGAGAAUUGGCUGAUAGGAAACGGGUCUGGCUUCAAUUACAAAAGAAACGAUACUUACACCAAGCCGUAAAGCAGAAGGGAACUUUGGUUCACCCAAAAAAGGUCGACAUGCCUCCUGAGCAUCUUCGUAAAAUUAUACACGAUCAUGGCGACCUCUCGUCCAAGAAAAUAGCAUCGGACAAACGGUCCCAUCUUGGCUCCCUCAAGUAUAUGCCUCACGCUAUUCUCAAGCUUUUGGAAAACAUGCCUCAGCCCUGGGAGGAGGCGAAAGACGUAAAGGUUCUCUACCAUAUCACUGGAGCUAUUACGUUUGUCAACGAGAUUCCUCGAGUCAUCGAACCAGUUUAUACCGCUCAGUGGGCCACAACCUGGAUAAUGAUGAGGCGAGAAAAGCGAAACCGUAAGCAUUUCAAAAGAAUGCGAUUUCCACCUUUUGACGAUGAAGAGCCUCCUCUAGAUUGGAUGGAAAAUUUGGAAGACGCAGAUCCCGCUGAUGGCAUAAUUAUGGAAAAUAGCGACGUUCCAGAAUGGCUAUAUGACCCCAAACCAUUGAUUGACGGAAAAGAAGUGAACGGAGACUCGUACAAGUGGUGGAACUUGGAAGUCAAAACGAUGUACGACCUAUACAAACUUUCCAAACCAGUCCUUCCCGAAAUUACUGAUUCAAAUUACUUUUACCUUUACGACUCCAACUCACUACAAACUGCCAAAAGCUUAAACGUUGCUUUACCUGGAGGACCAAAGUUUGAACCGCUUUUCAAAGAUAAAAUCAAUAAUCCCGAGAGUGAAGAUUUCACAGAGUUCAACUCGCUUGAUAGGAUCAUUAUAAGGAUUCCUGUUCGAUCCGAAUACAAGGUUGCGUUCCCGUUCUUAUACAACUCAUUUGUGAAAGCAGUUAAGCCUUCGUGGUACCACCACCCUCUCCGCUGCAAUCUCCACAACAUUCACGAAAACAUAGAUAUUCCAUUCUAUUUCAACUCCAAGUUCAACACGAUUACACCUCACAAAAGAAGAAGUCGGGUAGCAAAAGAAAAAACAAGUAUCGACUACAAAUUACCUGAAAACUUCUCUCCAUUCCUUGACGAUACUGCGAUUACUUCACCCGAAAUUUCAGGCUCCAUUGAACUUUUGUUUGCGCCUUAUCCAUUCAACCGUCGAAGCGGCCAUAAUGUUAGAGCAGAAGAUUCUACCAUUGUGAAGUCUUGGUAUCAGCAACGGCCACCCAGGGGCUCUCCCUUGAAGGUGAGAAUCUCUCAUCAGAAAUUGUUAAAGGGUAAAGUAUUGAAUGAGCUACACUCUCAGAAAGCUGAAAAAACACGCAGAAAUGUAAAGCUCCUCAAGAGCUUAAAGGCAACAAAGUAUUUUCAACAAACUACCAUUGACUGGGUAGAGGUAGGCUUACAGAUAUGUCGCCAAGGUUUCAACAUGCUCAAUCUCCUUAUCCACAAGAAGGGACUAACGUACUUGCACUUGGAUUACAACUUCAACUUGAAGCCAACGAAAACGUUGACCACCAAGGAACGAAAAAAAUCUCGUUUUGGUAACGCUUUUCACUUGAUAAGAGAAAUCUUGAGAGCCAUCAAAAAUCAUCGUUGA